AUGAUGUCACUUCCGUGGGAGCCGACAGAGAGGGACAACAUGGCGAAGAAACAACGUGGGAAAGGCGCCUCUUUGGAGAAAAAGGCAGAAAAUGUAAAAGGUGCCCAUAAUUUCAACUUGGGGCUGGAUUCUAGCGACGACGAGGCGCCGGAGGAAGUAACCUUUGAGGACUCGAAGGCCCGGGCCGUGGAGAGCCUGAAGCUGGCGCUGGACACGGCCAGAAGAGAAAAGGAGCUGCUGAAAGAGAAAAGGAGGAAGAGACAAGAGUUUUUCCAGGAACAGAAGAAGAGACUCCUCUCAGCCGAUGUGUUGGAGGAAAUCGACUCGGUUCCUUCAAAGAAACAGAAACAAGCUGAGGAUAAAGAUGAAGAGGAAGAGAAGAAGACAAAGAAACCCACAGGAGUCAGAAACCUGAAGGGGAGGUAAGUUUCCACGGUGGCGGAUCGAAGGCAGAGCGACUACCAGCGGCAGGCAGCGGAGGAUUUCAUCCAGUCCAGAUUGUGGCCGGGAACCUGCAGGAGCUCCAAUAACGAGAUGCUGUCCCUGCAGAACAAGACGAGGCCGGAUAAGAGUGCAGCCGUGCAGUUUGUUAAGAAGGACUGGGGUGCCUCUAAGGAAAAAGCUAAAGCAGAGAAGCUGAAGAAGAGGUGGAUCCACAAGCAACAGAUUCCCACCAGCUGACCGGAAUGUCAGGAUUGAAACCGCCGUGAGUCAUCCAACAUGGCCGCCGUCAGAAAUCUGGAGGAAGAAUCUGCUGGAGCUUCUUCACCUGAACUGAAAGUUUCAAAAAACAAAUCUGGAU